AUAAGUAGAAGCUCCAAAUCUCGCAACUCGUAGAGCGAAACAUCCUAGGUCCCACAUCUUUUGUCUUAUUCUCUGCCAACUAACUUAAUUAUACUAUUAAGCUUGUCAUCAUCUUGAGAUCUCCAUCAAGAAGCUGCUUCUCUCUUUCCCAAAACUCUCAGCAGCCACACAUAAAUACAUCUCAACACUCCUAAACAUUUCACUAGCCCACUUCUCUCUUUCAAGAUAUUUUGUCUUCCUAUCGCCAGUUCAGUAUAUAUUUCAAGUUCAGCUGCGUACCUAAGCCAAAGAGAGCGUUUCAGGAUGAAACUAAGGCCGAGAAUGCUCAAAGACUGUCUCUUGGAAGAUUCCAAUUCCUGUUCCUCAAACGGGUUCAUGUCAAUUCCCAGACGGACUCCUAUCGACUUGUUCCCCACGGUACCGAAGAGGAAACAAUCCAAUGCAUUGCAGGCUGUGAUUAACGCCGUUAAGAACCUCCGUUCCAACGCCGUCAAAUCUACUCCAUCAGGGAUUUUACCGAGGAGCCUUUCUCGGCGGUUAUCAUCCAAGAACCAAGCAAGCAUCACCGUCAUUCGAAUCAAAGACAUCGUAAGGUGGAGCUCCUCCAAGGACCUGCAUGAAGACACAUCACAUUUCGAAACGUCGUCUUCGCCACAUCAGUACACAACCAAGACGAUGACAACAACCACGGGAUCCUCCACCACCACCGGCACAUCCUGCAGCAGUUGGUGCGACUCGGAUUUUACAUCGGAGUUUUUACCGUCAUCAUGGGGAGGUAACGUUGAGUCGUGCAGUGAAAAAGAGAGCGGUGAAAACAAAUUACAAUGUGUCGGCGAAGAUUCUUGCACAGCAGUAACAGACGCCGACACUGAAGUGGGACCUGAGGAGGACUUACAGCGUGAAAAGGAGCAGAGCAGCCCCGUCUCUGUUCUUGAGAUUCAACUUGGGGAAGAUGACGAAGCAUCAGACUCUUCUUUCAGUCAAUGCCUUGACAACGUGGAAAGAACCAAACAGAAGCUCAUGCAAACGAUUCAACGGUUUGAGAAUUUGGCCAACAAUAGCCGUUUCAAUUUGGACGAAUGGGUCUCAAUGGAUGAGGAAUGUUGCACGGAAGGAGGAGGACUAGAGACAGAUAUCAAAUAUGACGAUGAAAGUUGUGAUAAUGUCGAUAAAGAGAUUGAUGAGGUUGAAGAGAAGGCAGCUCAGCUAUGGGAACGAGUCAGAGAAAGAAAUACCAUUUGGAUCCACGAAGAACAUCUGAUAAUGGACUAUUUCAGAGAUGAACUGAUGCAAAGUACAAACUCGAUGAUGCACGAAACUUACAGAGACCAAUUGGUGGGCGAGGCAAAAGGAUGGUUACAUGGACAGAGAGUGUCGGAGCUUGAAUGUGGAACAUGCGAGCAGAGAAGACAAGCAUGCGCUAGAGAAAUCGAAAGACGAGACUGGAAUGAGAUACGGAUGAAGGAGGAGCGAGAAGAGGUGGCUGUUCAGAUUGAGGAUGGACUCUUCAGCCUGCUAAUGAAUGAAACUUUAAAUGCGCUCUGCCAUUGCUGAACAAAGCAACAAGAAGAAUCAAUGGUCAAAAUGCUUUGUCAACCAGAUGCUAAAGCACAGAUUGUAGCUAUCAAACUCAUGAUCAGGCAACUUAAGUUUAAGCUUAGAAAUUAGAGGGCAGAAACAGUUUUGAUUAGGGCUUUGACUUAAGCCCCAGUUUUUGAUCCACUUUUGUAAGAAUAAAGCAAACGAAUAAUACAAUGUACAGUAAGCAAAUACACACAUUCAAUUCAUGUCUUUGCAUAGAGAUCAUUUGAUACUACUCUACAGCAGCUAUAUCAUAAAC